GAUUCGUAUGUGCACAGGAUGUGCAAGCUAUACUAUUCCUUCGACUACAGCUUCACCCCCUUUCCAGGGAUUGCAGUGUUAAAUGGUUUGCUUUGUUCGCUUUCGGUGACCUGGUCAAUAUAUAAAAGCUGAUACUUUAAGAUAACGGUGAUCGUAGAUCUUGUCUUCACCGCGAAAGACAAUCCCAGUCAGCUUGAACUCACGGCUACAACUCAAGUUCAUCUUGGAUACUGUUCUAAAGAUGGUAUAUUUGGCUCAAGCUUCAAAUCAUGUGUACUCUGCGUUCGCUCUCCUCGCUACCGUACUGAUCAUCCUCCUACUACCAUUACAUCUUCGAGGUAUGUAUUUUUGCACCAGAUCCGCAAGCGUAACUGGAAUAUAUCCCAGUCCAAACGACUAGCAGUUGUUUGUUCAUUUUCUGGGUUAGCUUGAGGAUGCUCAAUUUCUCCAUUAAUUCCAUCGUAUGGGGUAACAACAUUAUCAAUUGGUCGCCGGGAUGUAACCAUCUAAUGUUCUUCAAAGCUUCUUAUGUGGAAAUUGCUUCCCAAUAUGGUGCACAGCUCGCUAUAUUGUGCAUUGCACGACGUAUCACAAGUCAAAAAAUUGUCAGGCGGUCACAUGUCGAGAUCAGGCGCGAUCUAACCAUUGAACUUUUUAUUGGCAUUGGUAUUCCUUUAUUGCUCCUGCCAUUAUAUUAUGUCGUCCAGGCAAGAUCUUUUAUGACGCCGAUCACUUUCCCGCUUGUUAUCAUUUGGCUGCCCAUUUUCGCAUUGAUCUGCGCAGUCUAUUUUGGUUUCUCCAUAUACCACUUAGCCCGCCAACAAUACCUUAGGAGACAGCUCUUUGGGAGGGAUGAAUACGUCGAAUCUAAAUCAUACUGGCGUUUGAUGACUCUUGCUGGUGCUCAAAUUGCAUUGGCCGUGCCAGAUAUUUAUGGAUUAGUGAAUGCUUUUCAGGGUCCAAUGGCUCCAUACAACUGGGAUGCUAUACAUAGCGACUUUUCUGUUCCCUUACAAGCUUCUUUAUCUUAUUGGAUACCCAAGAUAUCGGACGCUGUAUUGUUCGAGUGGGAACGCUGGUAUUACCGUGGUAUCUUCCUUGCCAUUCUAAGACCCUUUAGGUACCUCUCAUCAACGAUGGACUCAGAUGACUUGGAAGCCAGUAACAAACCACCUGCUCGUCCCUCCUCUCCGCGCAAUCUGUGGUCUAAAGGAUCUUUGAGAUUCUUCCGCACGUCCGAUAUUUCCAUAUCUGCCAAGCAAAUUGCUUCACAUCCGCCAAUACCUUCUAGCCCUUCCUGCUUGCUCGUCUCUUCCGAUGAGUAGGGUCAGAGUUGUACAAAUAAUUCGAAAGGUGCAC